AUGAACACCAUUCCAAAGGUCUUCCUUGUGCUGCUUGUAACUCUGUGGCCAAGCCAAAUUCUUGCUGGGGAUUUGAUCUCCUCAGCUUGUGAUCACACUCUGUACAAACAAGUGUGCAGACAAACUCUUCAAUCGGACCCGGAGAGCCGCGCGGCUACAAGUUUCGAAGUCCUGGCCAAAGUUGCACUGAAGCAUGCAACGUCUAAAGCUACCCAAAUACACGACCAAGUCACAAAACUGCUCAACGGAUCAUCGAGCGCAGCAGCUAAGGGUGCACUAACAGAUUGCGAUGAGAACUACGAAGAUUCAAUUGAAAAGCUUAAAGACUCGGCCACUGCCUUGGCAUCUAAGAGGUAUAGUGAUGUUAAUACAUGGGUGUCGGCUGCCAUGAGUGCCGGCGACUCUUGUGACGAAGGCUUCAAGGAAGUGGGAGAAGGCCAGUCUCCAUUAGGCAAUCAAGGUACCUUGUUUACACGGCUUUGCAGCAUUGUCUUAGCCAUUACUAAUCAACUCAAAUAG